UUCCUUUUCUAUUAAUCUUGAGGAGUGGUUCCAUAUUUCUGGUGAGAGAAAACAGCAGGGUCUUCUGCUAAAUCAAGAACACUGUGUGUUCAACAUAUCCCCCUCGUGUUUCGAGCGUUCGUUACUUCUUAAUUUCAUCAUAAUUUGCGCAACAAGUAAUCCGCAAUUUCAGCUAAAGUCCGGUGAAAAAAGAAAAGUUUUUAUCUUCUUUAUUUGUGUGGAAAACAGCUAAAAAGUUGUAAAAUGGAUUUUUAUUAAUCUUUUUCCAGCAAGUAUAGGAUCAGAUUCUAAAAGAGUGAACUGUUUUAUGGAGAAAAAUUGUGGGAGAAGAGAAGGGAUAAAUCAAAUAGGAUGUAUGUGGAUGUUCAUCAGCAUCUUUGGAUCUAACCAGAAGCGCCUCUUGAUGGAAACGAAACAUCGAAGCAAAAAAUUUGCAGGUACUAAUGAGAGUGUUCAGAAACUUAUUGAAGAGGAUGUCGAUGUUUCUAUUGCUGGUGAUGAACAUGUAGAGGCUAAGGCUUUUAAGGAUGAAUCUGAAGAAAAGUUCAGCGAGAUAAUCAAGCGGUUGAUAGCUCAGAAACAAGGAGAGAUCCAAACCUGCAAGGACUUGUUGGAGGCUUUUCAUGUUUUGGACUCUGAAGAAGAAUCACUCCUCAAGAAGAAGGUUUCACAUGAAGAUUCUCAAAGCUUGGGAGAUUCCAAGAGAGUAGUAGAAGCAGAACAAGAGGCUGUGGUGUUACCAAAGAGGAAACGUAACUUCUUCAGCAAGAAAUGGAGAUCAGAAGAGAGGAAGAGAAACAUAACAUCUCAGGUUACAAAAACAAUUGUUGUUUUGAAACCUGCUCCAAAUAGCUUGGAUGUUGAUUCUUCAUCAAGCAACAAGUCCAAAACCGGGAGAAUCUUUUCCCGGUUUAUUAUCGGUUUAAUCAAAAGAAGACUACAAGCUUCCGUUGGAAAGAAGUCAUGUGAUGUUCAUGUUGAUAAGAGACAUUGCGUGCAAGAAAAGAUACAGAGUAAAUCCGGGAAGCAUGUUUCAGAUGAAGAAGAAGAACCGUUAUGUAGUGAAGGAACAAGCGAAGAUUCAAAGAAGAUUAUGUCUGGUUUGUAUAUUGCAGCAAGGAAACACUUGUCUGAGAUGCUUGCAAAUGGAGAUAUAGAUGUGAACUUACCAGAUAAGGAAGUACCAAGAAUCUUGGGGAAGAUUCUUUCUCUCCCUGAGUUCUCAUCACCCGGAGAUAGCCCUAGUUUGAUCCCUACGCAUGAUUUGGUUAGCCCUUUAAGCCAAACAACCGAGGUACCAGAGAUGCUGCAAUGCAGUGAAGAUUCAGAUAAAGAUGAUGAGACAUUGUUUACCAUAGAUGAUUCAAUCGUUUCAGACCAUGUGAAGGAAACUGAGAAGACAGAGAUAGAACCAUUAGCUGAAACUACGAGCUCUUCCAUUUCCAGACAAGAAGACGGAGAUAAGCAAUCAUCAAAUGAGGAAAUGAUGUUCACACUGUCCUCUUCUCCAGAAUCUCCACCAAGUUCUUCUGUUAGGAUGACUGAAUGCAAAGAAACUGCCACUGAUGUGCAGGGAAAGUUAAGUCCAGUAUCUGUCCUGGAAACUCUGUUUACAGAUGAUGAGAGUAGUCCAACAACAAGCACAAGAUUCAAUUCAGCUGAAAAGAGGAUACAACCACUCUGUAUAAGAUUCGAUGAAGCUGACUCUCCAAAACAAGACAAACCCAACAAUCUCAAAACAAGCAUGGAUGACAAGGAGUUGACACUUUCAUACAUUAAAGCCGUUGUGAAAUCCUCAGGCUUGAGCUGGGAAGAGCUUUUGACGAGACCCUUUUACUCUGAGCAGCUUCUUGACCUAGAAUCAACAGAUGACAUAGCUUUCUGCUCUACACAGCUCUGCGACGAUAAGAAUCUCCUCAACGACUGUAUCAAUGAAGUUCUCAUGGACUUCUGUGAGAAUGAACUGAAUCCUGGCCCUUGGAUUACGCUCCUGAAACCUGAAGUCCAGCUAAUCUCAGACAUGGAAGUUGCAGCUAAAGUGGCACAAGAAGGGGUUUACUGGCAUCUCUUGCCUUUGCCUUCUCCUCAUACUUUAGAUCAGAUAGUGGAGAAAGACAUGGGUAAAGCAGGAAGCUGGAUGGAUCUCCGGUUUGAUAUUGGUUGGAUUGGUUCCGGCACGAGUGAAUUUAUCCUUGAUGAUCUAAUAGAAGAGAUCAUCAGAAGUUGCAGAGACAUGGUCCAGGCUGAACCAAUGCAGGAACAGAACAUCAACAGCUUGUGACAAGGCCCUUUGUUUUAAGAUUGUCUUAUCUUGUACAGUUUCACUGCCACUGCAAAGGUCAAAGAUCUCUAGUUGACCUUUCUAGUGCAAUGGCACAACCUGAGCUUUUUUUAACAAUAAUUUUCUACUUCAAUACUCUGUUUUUUUCUUUCCAAUGGCUUCUGUAUUUUUACUCACUGUAGUUUACUCAGCCAAGAGAGUUUUGUA